GCUCCGUUUCACAUGUCUUUCACAGUUCACAAUAACUUUUCAAAUUUCGAAAUUCGAAUUUUUGUUCCUCACAAAUCUCUCUCUAUAUAAACGAUGAUGAUGAUUGGAGGAGGAGGAGGAGAAGCUGAAUCGUGGCCGGAGAUGGAAGCCAUAGCUAGGAAGAUGGUGGAAGAGGUUGAAACAGAGAGUAGCGGAUCAUCGGAAGCUGAGACGGAGUCUCCGAGAUCCGUCGGACGUUGGAUCACAGCUAAGGACCGAGUUCAUAGCCAGGUUUUGAAGAUUAGGGAAGAGGAUCUUUGUGUUAUCGUCGAAGAUAAAGCUGCGAAUCCAGAGGAUCGACGAUAUCUUCGUCCACGUCGUCUUAGUCUGUUUUUGAUCUCGCGUCAGAAUCUGCCUUGUUCGCCUCUUAGUGGAAAAGUGAGAUCCGUUCGUUAACGCUGUUCAGAGUCAGUGAUGAUGAUGAUGAUUCCCAUAGAUCUAAAUCGAUCAAGGUGAUAUGUCCUUCUCUGUUUUUUUUCUGCUUUUGAACUUUU